AACUACAACAGCAACAACAAUAAUAGAAACUGCAGCUUCGCGGAGCUAAAAGUGCAAGCUGCACUAAAAUAUAAAUAAAGAAUGUAUUUGGAAUCACAGGGAGGUGAUACAUAUUGAAGCAAUGCCUUUUUGUCCAGCGGCCCACGGUUGGACUAAAUCGAUAAUUAAUUAAAAUAUAUUUAAUUAACCAGUAUAUUAGUAACAAAGAAAGAAAUCAAGCUGGCGUCGUUCAAGCGAAAUAACGACAAUAUUCGCAAUUACAAUAGCAAUAUAAUGUGGAGUAGUACAAUAUCACCAACAAAUUCUAAGAAGCUAUUGAUCGGUAGUACAAGAAGCGUUGAUUAUGUCGGUGAUAGUGCGAGAACAACAACAGCAAAAGCAACAACAGCAGCAGCAGCAGCAGCAGGAUUCAAUAAUAAAGCAACAGGAGCAGCCAUUAAAGGAACAACACCUAAAUCGCAGCAAAGGAAAACAGCAGCAACAACAACAACAACAACAGCAGCAACAACUCCAGCAAAAACCACAAAAAUCUCAAUCGAAAUGGAGAUACAUAUACAAAACAAGUGCAUUUCGGCAUAGCGUAUCACUCUGGAGGGUGGUGCAGAGCCCCCAUGGCUGCAGGGCCCCCUUAAAGCAGCAUUUUUGGGGGCUUCUGGCGUCGGCAAAACAAGCAUAUUACAGCAAUUUUUUUACCAUGACUUCCCCAAGGCUCAUCAAACGACAACUCAGCGCAAAAUUUACAAAAACUGUUUGGUCUGCGACACCUGCAUACGCGAGCUGAUGGUACUGGACGUUCCUCCCCAGAAGCGAUUUCCAGCUGACAACUUUGCUGAAUGGAAUAAUGGACAUCCGCUGGGGCUGCGAACGGUGCACGCCUAUGUUUUAGUCUACGACAUGGGUAAUCUAGAAACGUUUCAGUACUGCCGCUCCAUAAGAGAUCAAAUCUUGGAUAGUUUCAGUCAUCGUGAUUUUAGCAUAAUUGUGGUGGGCAAUAAAUAUGACAAUGUCUCAGAGGCGCAGGCCAACUCGCAGGAACUUAAAGACAUUUCUACGCUGGUGCGCAAGCAUUGGCGUUGUGGAUACGUAGAGUGCUCGGCACAAUACAACUACAAAAUCGGAGACGUUUUUCGAGAGCUAAUGGGCUGUAGCAGCGGAGGCGUCAAUGGCGCAGCUGUCGGCGUUCUUGUUGGCACUGAAUUCUCACAAUCAACUAGGAAUAAAGGACGCUGUACAAUACUGUAGCAAAUGCUGCAUACGUUUUUUAAGCAAACACCUUACUCGAACGCAUGAUACCCAAAGGUUUUGUUUUCUGUACUCUGAACCAUAUACAAAUUUGCCAAAGGGGUAUUAGUUUUUUCUAGAAAUGGAUGCCACAGGCGGAAAACGUCGUGAG